GAUAUUACAUGGCCAACUUGAAAAACAGAUUAUUUAAGAAUAAGGCAGAAAAUUUCUUGAUCGCAGUGUGCGCAAUCCAAGUCCAUUGUCGCGUAUUGGACAACCCGAACAGCGACAUAAGACAAUCCGAGCCGUCUUUAUUGAGCAAAAUCAAGAACAAAGCCGGCGAAAUCGUAGAAAAUGUGUACCAUCACGGCGAGGAAGCCGUGGAAACCAUCAAGCACGGUUACCAAGAGACCAAAUGCCGGUUGCACCAAAUAGCAUCGAAAGUUAAAGCGCACGAACACGAGCAUGAUCCGUGCUUUGAGCAUAAGGACUAUGAAGAGCAUAACGUGGAUGUUCACAUAAAUCAUACUGGUGAAAACCACGCGGGUUACCAGAAUGGGCAGCAAAUAGGGAAAAAAUUAGAUGUUCCGAAUGCAAACCCUCAAGUACAGACGGGCCAAGGAAAGAUUGAUAUCAGAGCUGGAGCUACACCAGAAUAAUUAAUCCAAUUGGUUAAUUAAUUGUUAGGAAUUUAAAUUAUGAAGACAAAAAUAUUUAUAUUACAUAAUAAUAAAGUUAAUUUAUUGACAACUUGUUCUCGUAUGUUAAAUGUUUACGAAUUAAUUAAUAGGGUUCCCGACAAACUCCUUUCCUAUCGGCGAUCCAUCCGUCGGGACAAUUGGUUUUCACGUUACUCAGGAUUCUUUUCCCUAUUUUCACUGUCACCACUUCGCUCGGGUCAAUCGUUGUUGUUUCGGCAGAAUCUGAAAAUA